CGUGAAGGCCAACCAAUGAGAAGCCAGUGGAGGCGUGGCCCCGGGCGUCCCACGAGGUGAAGAUGCUGCAGGAGGAACCUGGCCGAGCGAGCGGGAUUCGGGGGCGCUAAAGUCGCCGGGGCAGGGCGGGAAGGAAGAUCCGGAGCGGGGCUACAGGAUUCGGAGCUGGAGCCCCCAGAAUCUUCCCUCUGUGAAGAAGAGAGCAGGUCGGGACAAGUGAGGCCAGCCCCAUGUAUCCAGAAUCGACGACAGGAUCCCCGGCUCGGCUCUCUCUGCGGCAGACAGGCUCCCCCGGCAUGAUCUACAGUACUCGGUAUGGGAGCCCCAAAAGACAGCUCCAGUUUUACAGGAACUUGGGCAAGUCCGGCCUGCGGGUCUCCUGCCUGGGGCUCGGAACAUGGGUGACCUUCGGAGGCCAGAUCACCGAUGAGAUGGCAGAGCAACUAAUGACCUUGGCCUAUGACAAUGGCAUCAACCUCUUCGAUACUGCAGAAGUCUACGCGGCGGGCAAGGCCGAAGUGGUGUUAGGGAACAUCAUCAAGAAGAAGGGAUGGAGACGGUCCAGCCUGGUCAUCACCACCAAGAUCUUCUGGGGAGGAAAAGCGGAGACCGAGAGGGGCCUUUCCAGGAAGCACAUAAUAGAAGGUCUCAAGGCCUCCCUGGAGCGGCUGCAGCUGGAGUACGUGGACGUGGUGUUUGCCAACCGCCCGGACCCCAACACGCCCAUGGAAGGGGACCCAUUUAGUUCCUCCAAGUCAAGGACAUUCAUCAUAGAAGAGACCGUGCGCGCCAUGACCCACGUCAUUAACCAGGGGAUGGCCAUGUACUGGGGCACGUCGCGCUGGAGCUCCAUGGAGAUCAUGGAGGCCUACUCCGUGGCCCGGCAGUUCAACCUCAUCCCGCCCAUCUGCGAGCAGGCCGAGUACCACAUGUUCCAGCGGGAGAAGGUGGAGGUACAGCUGCCCGAGCUCUUCCACAAGAUAGGAGUGGGCGCCAUGACCUGGUCCCCCCUGGCCUGCGGCAUCGUUUCCGGGAAGUACGACAGUGGCAUCCCGCCCUACUCCAGAGCCUCCUUGAAGGGUUACCAGUGGCUGAAGGACAAAAUCCUGAGUGAGGAGGGCCGGCGCCAGCAGGCCAAGCUGAAGGAGCUGCAGGCCAUUGCAGAGCGUCUGGGCUGCACACUCCCCCAGCUAGCCAUAGCCUGGUGCCUGAGGAAUGAGGGAGUGAGCUCUGUGCUCCUGGGUGCUUCCAGCGCAGACCAGCUAAUGGAGAACAUUGGAGCAAUACAGGUCCUUCCGAAACUGUCGUCUUCCAUUAUCCACGAGAUUGAUAGUAUUUUGGGCAAUAAACCCUACAGCAAAAAGGACUACAGAUCCUAAGAAGCCCCCGGCCGCUUGCCCGGACAGUUUCUCUUUCCCUCCUAGUCUCUCUGUUCGCUCGCUUAAGCCGUUUUGAAGCCAAGUCAGGGGUGUGGUUUGCAUCAAACAGAAAACAUCACGGCAAGAUGUCCUCCUCGUGGGGAAAAGAUCUCAAAAGUUGCUGCAAAACACCAUUCACUGCUUCGCGGGACCGAAUUCAGAUCCGUGCCGGGGAGGCCGCGUUGAUGGGGCAGGAUGUUGGAGCGGUCCCGCCCGAGCCCGCCUACAGCCUCUACUCCCCCUCCAAGAAGAAAGCACCCCAGUUGCUCCCAGCCUCCGCCUUUCCCAGAGAUGCCUCCAGGCCUGGCCUGUGUCCUGGGGGCAGCAGGGCUGGCCUCUCAUCUGCUGAGAACCCCCACUUGGUGUUGGGGGUGGGAAAGAGGAAACCAGGGCUGGCCCUUCCUGUGGCCCCCUCUGCUGGGGCACUGGAUGUUGGGCAGGGCCUCCCCAGUGGGGUCCCCCUCCACUUCCCUCUUGUCAAGGGCUCCCAGGAUUUUACGAUGGGCCUGACCUCAGAUUCAUUCUGCGCCUUCUUCAGCACCACCACCUGCCCCAGCAGGUCUCUCUGGGGCCUUCCGUGCUGUCCCUUGGCCCCCACCCCCACCCUUACUGGCAGGGGCAGAGAUCCAGGGGGAUUCACUAUCAGUUUGGGGCCCAUGGGAAUUUUGGGGGUCUGAGUUCAUCACCCUGCCAGCUGCCUCCCUGCACACAGUUGAUGAGCCUCGUGCCCAGAGCAGCCCCAAGCCCACGGGAGGGGUCUGAGGAGCUGGCUCCAGCCCAGGUCCCUCCAGGGCCCCACUGUCCUCCUUGCCAGGGGCUCUGUCCUUACCCCAGAAGGCCUUGAGGUCGUGCAUCCGUAGCUAGACACUGGGUUUGACCACAUGCAGGGCAGCCCACUCUGCUCUGCCUGGGUUGUGGCCCUCAGGGAUGCAGAGAGGCCACCCUUAGGCCCUUUCAGUGAGGGUGGGUCCCUAGGGCUUUGUGUGCUGCAUGCCCAGGGGCUAGGGCGACUGAACAUCUAGCAGUGGCCCCCACAAUCAAGGAAAAGACCCCGGGAGCCUCUCCCUGGAGCAGUGCCUUCUUCAAGGCCUCAGAUCAGGUUGGGGCAAGGCACCCCAUGGUAGGGUGCCAAGUCAGGGUGCCCGGAGCUUGUCCCCCAGGCAGACAGGCAACAGUACCACCCCUGGCUCUCUGCACACACCCUGUGAAGAGGCCAGGAUGGCUGGACUUAGGCAUUCCCUCCCGGCCUAGAACAGAUUGAGGAAGGACAUACAGAACUGUCAGCCCCCGCCCCAGAAACAUGGGAGAGGGGCCUAUAGCCAGGAGUCCCAGCCCCCAGGGUCCUGAGGUAUGGGCCUCUGCUGGCGGUGGGGGCGGGAGCCAGGAGCCCACUCUGAAGGACGCCUACGUGCCUCCAGUCCAGGUGGUCUGGGCCGACAGCGCUGGCCACCCCCACCUGAUGCACCCCCACCCCCAUCCCCACCCUCACUGCAGCAGGCAAGCCGGUCCUGCUUCGCCCUUCAAAGAAGCUGCUGUUGGAGGGGCUCCUCCCUGCCAUUCCCAGAGGGCCUGCUGGCCAGUGCUGGCUGGGCCGAGGCCUGAGGCAGGGAGGCAGACAAUUUCCAUUCCUGACAUUUGUGCUGACCCUGGAGUCUAGAACCUUCCCCCUUCCUCCCACACCAGGCCCCUGGGCAUCACCUCCACCAAAUCUACAAGCUGCAGGUUGCAGGGGUGGGGAGGAAGUGAGCCUACCCCAGCAGGGCCCCUCCACUCCAGCUGUGGCCACCCUCCACCACCACUUGGGCCAGGCAGCCCCAGCUGAACAGAGGGACCAGAUGGCCCACCCUCCAGCGGGGAGAGUGAUAGCUGGCGGGGGUGGGGGUGCUCACACUGCUGCCCCGAGCUUGCCCACUGCCGAGAGAUAGAGCAGGGCUGGCAGUGGGGCCCCCUCACCAGGAGCCGCAGCUGGGAAGGCCAGGCCCCUGUUGCCCACAUGUUGGCCAAACAGGAGACAAGGGCCCUCAAAGCUGAGCUCGGCCGAGGCCGAAAUGCCUGUCGCCAGGACCCAAGCAGCUUCCCAGCCUGGGGCGCAGUCCACAGCCUGGGCCCAAGGUGUCCUAGUUUUUCCACAGCCACUAGCAGGGGGGACAGGGCUCAGCCUCCUGGGGGAGCACCCCAGGACUUAGAAGGGGGCUGGUGUGGGGGGAGGGGGUCAGGCGGGCCCAAGGGCAGCCUGAGUCUGGAAAUAGGAGGCAAGCCCUGGAGGAGCGGCCAUGCCCCAACGCGGGUCAAGGGCCAGCUGGCCUGACGCCCCCCGGUCGAGAGCAGCCCCUCGGAGCCCCAGCGGCCGCCCGCCCGCCAGCCCCUGGCCCUCCCGUCGAGGCAGAGUGUGCUCCUGGGGAGCCCUCUGGGUGUGCCCAACGCAGGACAGAGGCCUGGGCCGGGGGCUGCGGGCCUGGGUGGGCUCGGUCUCCCUUGCAGACACUCGGAGCCCCCACCAUCUCUCAUCCAAAUCCAGUGCGAAUCCGAGGUCCCGAGGAAUGACAGAGGGGCUCACUCCGUCUUCUGUCCCCUUCCCCGUCGUGUAAAUAAUGCGCUUUUCUUCUCUCCCCUUUUUUUUAACGACCGUGGCUCCUCAGCUAACUGCACUCCCCACCGCAGGCAGAGACUGCCUUCCGCCCCGCGCUCCCAGGACACCCAGCCGAGAUUCAGCCACCGUAUUUAUGGAAUGAUAAAUAAAACCCCAGCCUGUCGGGGGUCUGCGGC